AUGUUAGAUCGUCUAUGUGAAGAAUUGGUGGAUGAAAUCUUUCAAAGAUUGCCAGUCAAAUCCCUCCUCCGAUUCAGAUCUCUCUCCAAGUAUUGGUUUUCUCGUAUUGCUAGCCCGGAUUUCAUACGAGGGCACAAACUUCAAUCUGUCAAUGCUCCGCUGAAACUCAUCGUCAAGCGCCAUCUUUAUCGUACUAGAGUUGUUUAUUAUACAUUGUUUUCGGAAAGCAAAUUUCAUAUGGAUGUAGCAGAAGAUGAUCUUCCGAGCAGAGGUUUUGAAGUUGUUGGUUCAUGUAAUGGAAUUCUCUGUGUGGUGGACAAAGAUAUGGUUUUUAGCUUAUGGAACCCCACGAUUAGGCGCAAACUAACCAUACCCGUACCCCCAUAUUAUAUAAGAGAUAGACGUGAUUGGCUUGGACUAGGUUUUGGGGUUGACCCAAUCACUGAUGAUUACAAGAUUGUGAUGAUUUCCUACUCUAAAACAGAUCCAUUGGUUUACUCUAUGAAGGCCGGCACUUGGUCUCUGAUUAAUUCCCCUACCAUGCCGUUAAAAAAGGUUAUUUCAAGGGCGUGUUUGGUCAAUGGGACAUUGUAUUGGGUGGUUGAACGUAAUCCAACCGGAAUAUGUAUCAUGACAUUCGAUUUGAGUACAAAUAAUUGUGGCUCAAUUGAGCUCCCGCGACCAUGUUAUGCAAUUAGAAGAAUGCCAAUAGUCAUCAAAGAUUCAUUAGCUGUGUUUUAUACAUCAUGGUCGAAUGAGUGGAUUUGGGUGAGAAGGGAGAGAAAUAAUAGUAGUGCUUGGUCAAUGCUUGUUAGAUCGUCAACCUUUUUAGUGUCUAAUCCAAAAGUAGGUCGAGUUUUGCAACUGACCAAUGGUGAUUUCUUACUCCUCGAACGCAAAUGGGGGCUCACUAUUUAUAAUGCGGAAAGAGGAAAGAGCCGAUUUGCUUCAAAGGCUGACAUCAUUGACAUGGAAUCAUAUGCCGAAAGCCUUGUAUUGCUAGACAGAGGAGUCAUUUGCAAGGAAACACGACAAUCUUGUGAUGUAGAAGCAAAAGCAAAUCGCAGAAGACGAAAACUCAUGAUGUAUCGAUUCUAG